UAGGGGGGUGGGACUUGGAGGAGUAAGGAAGGGGUCGUUAAGAUCUUUCCCGUGGGGAGGAUCACGCGUGGCGUCCCUUCCCCCUCCCCGUGAAAAAUGUUGUAUUGCGCAAGGGAGUUUUGUGGAUGUGAAUCUUUAAAAGGAGGAGGGGAAUUUGGGGGGGUUAAAGAUGGAUACUUUUGACGCUUUAGGUGGAUUAGCAAGUACGUCGCAGGUGCAGGAAGUGAAUAGUCUUCAAGGUGCGGAUUUUACACGCACGCAGUGGAUUGUAAACAAUCCUGCCUCGAACGGUAUCCGAUGGCCGGUUUCCUAGAGCAAGGCGCGCUCUGUUUGCGAGGCCCUUUCUGCUAGAACAGGGAAGCCAUGGGCUGCGGCUCAUUAGCCACGUAACGGCCCGCCUCCUCGCUGGAACAGCCUGUGACAUCCCAACAAGCAGUUGCCAUCUCCCACCAUGCCGAGCGGUGGCAGGACCCUGGACGAAUUUGCCGUCUCUGAGGAGGCGCAGGAGCUGGUCACCCAGCAUCGUUGUAGGAUCGAGCACCUCUUUGGGGUGGAGCUGAACGUCCUGGGGGUCCUGGGGUUGGCGCAGAGCCCCAACAGGGAGCCCCAGGGACCGAGAAAGAUCUGGCUGCAGCUGCAGGGAUGCAGAGAGAAUCUGCACAGAGCGAAGGAAUACAUCAAAGGCCUGUGUGCCCCAGAACUGAGCGAGGAGGUUUACUAUCCGAAAGACAUGCAGUGCAUAUUUCUGGGAGCCCACGGGUUGUUCUUGGACUGCCUCACCCAAGGGACAUCUGCCAACCUUACCUUCCUCCGCCCGGGCACUCUGUUGAUCUCAGGCUUGGCUGAAUCCUUCGUCAUGGCCCAGAGCCGGAUCCAGGAGUUUGUGGAAAAACACCAGAAGAACCCUAGGCUGCCGGAAGAACAGGAGACCCAAGUCAAGCGGUCCUUCCGGACGCUGGUAGAGACCUAUGAUGACAAGCAUGCUAUGGACCUCUUGAUUCUUCCUACUUCGGUCAAGGAGGAGUUGCUCAGUCUGGUGAAGGAGACUCAGGAAGACAACAGGGAGCCAAGGAAUGGGUGUUGGACACCACCCGGCUUUGAACAAGACCGUUUGGUGGGCUGGGAGACAAAAGUGGUGGUUGGUGGCAGUCCUCAGUCUCCUAGUAGGCUGCAAAGUACCUUUGGGUUGCCCAUGAGGCUCAGUAGAAUUCGAGAACAGAGCAGAACCGGACACUCUACUGUCGACUUGCCUUCAGGCUUUCCUGGGCCUGAAGAAUCUCCUCAUAAGUCUCAAGAAUCUACACAACUGCAGUACUCUGCUAGGACUAACAUGCCUGUCACAGUUGGUAGGCCUCAAGACCAAACUCUACCUCAGGUGUCAAGGGUUGACUUUCCCAGAGGCUUUGCUGGGACUGAAUUGCUGGCUAGCCCUCAGGACAUCCUAUCUGGCUUGAAUGGUCCUCAGGGCUGGUCUGAGGUGACAACCUCCCCAAGGCCUGAACUUCCAAAGAGUUCCCCUAAACCUAUUCCAAAUGCAAAGACUCGGAUUCUUCCUAGCUACGGAGACCGAGCUGAUGCUUUGCAGAGUAAUCACGAGGAGCGGAGGAAUGCUGUUUGUGCAAGGGAAUCGAGCCCUGUCAGCUUGCCUGAGGAAACUAGUGAGGAGGAGCCAUUGUCAGAUGUCCUGUUGUCACCGUGGACGGAGAAGGAGUUCAAAAUGAGGCUAAAUUUCUUUAAAACUAUGGGCUAUGAGGAACGGGUAGUCAAGAAGGUACUUUUGGAGGGUGGGGUACAGGAAGCACCUUCAACUAUUCUGGACAGAGUCCAGAUGGCAGAGGCAUCCCAGAAAGAAAGGGUUGUCCUCCCUCAGAAGGAGCCUGGGGGAAGAGAGUUCUCUCCCUCUCCAUCUGAAAAGAUCCAGGAUGAAAAAGAGUAUCUCCGGGAACUCAUCAGAGCAGCCGCCGCCAAUUGUGGUCACUUACCAAGCGAGAUCCCUACAGAGAUCCCUACAGGAGCUCCAUUGGCAGGUCUGCUGAGGCGGCUCAACGAGAAAGGGGAACAUCAAGAUGAGGCUGAGGGUGUGACAGGGGCCUCGGCAGCAAAGGUGGAACAUGGAGGACAGCUCGGUGUCCGGAGGGCAGCCAUCUUGAAUCCGGGGGAAUUUUCACAGCAGAGGCCUCCUCAGGAGCGAGGGAGGAACAGUGGGUCCCCUUUCCAUGAGGGCAUCUGUGGGUCACCAGUUAACCCAGAAAGUGCUGCUUUCUCUUCUUCCCCCAGCUGUAACUUGUUCUCAGCGUUAGCCUCUGAGGAGAGCCAGUCGGCAGAGAGUGCCAGCCUAGGGCCUCCGCUCCAAGGCUCUGUUCCUACGGUAACUGGAGCCCAGCGCUUUGAGGAGGCCCUGCAGACUCAGUUCAAGCUCAAGUUGGCCAACACGCCAGGAAAGAAGAACUUACGGAUGAUCAUUAUUGAUGGUAGCAACGUGGCCAUGAUGCACGGUCUGAACCAGUUCUUCUCAUGCCGGGGCAUUGCUCUGGCCGUCCAAUAUUUCUGGGACCGUGGACACCGGGAAGUAACCGUCUUAGUACCUGCGCACCGGAUGGAAGAAGAUUCCAAUGUGAGAGAGCAGCACUUCUUGGUUGAGUUGCAGAACCUGAGCAUCCUGUCUGUCACACCGUCGCGCAAAAUAGAUGGGAAGGGCAUUGUGCCCUACGAUGACAGGUUCAUGCUCAAGCUAGCAGAGCAGACCAACGGUGUUAUUGUCACCAAUGACCAGUUCCGGGAUCUUGCAAAAGAGUCAAAGAAAUGGGUCAGAAUCAUUAAAGAAAGCCUGCUGCAAUACAUCUUCGUGGGGAACAUUUUCAUGGUUCCUGAUGACCCCUUGGGACGAGACGGACCCACCUUAGCGGAAUUCCUGAAGAAAACCCCCAGGACCAAGGCCCCAAAUUGCCACACCUUCAGUGGCCGGCCUGCACCCAUGCCUGCACCCGCAGGCCUCACCUCACAGACGGAGGUCCUUCAGUUACGAGACAGGAAGCUGCCUGGUGGUUUGCUUGGGGAUCGAAGGAAGAGUCAACACAGCCCGCCGGAAAAGGAGGCCCUUCGGCCCAAGGAGGAGACUGAACGGCUGAGGAGAGACCUUUUAGAGAUCUUUGUGGGCCACGACAAGAGGGUUGAUUUUGUGCUCAUGCGGAACCCCUGCUGCCAGGACCUCAACAAGCUUUCGGAGGCCAUCCUCAGCCUCAGUUUCUGAGCCAGCAAACUUCAACAAAGAAACUUCAACAGAGAAAAGGGAGUUUUGGUGUAUCUAUCUACGAACCUUCUUGCAGGAUGGGCUCGCUCACUGGUGUGAUUGGUUUUUAGUACCACCUGCCGCCGAAAGGGAGAGAUGCGGAAGAACGUUUUGCUGCCUAACACUGCUGUAGUAGAAGUUUGUAAAAAUAACCCAACCCUUUAGUUCCAAAACGACGGAACCACUGAUGGCACCCUCAUUAGCCAGUAGCAAAAAUUCUUCUCCUUUCCAAAAACUCAUGCACUCAGGGUUAUGUUACUGCACAGAGGGGUAGCCAGUAGUGGUGCCUUCUGGAUGGAUGUUGUUGGACUACAACGCCCUUCAUCCCCGACUAUUAGUUAUGCUGCCUGAGGCUGAUGGGAGUUGGCGUUCAGCAAUGUCUGGAGGACAGCAUGUUGGCUAUCCCAAGGCAAAGCAAUACACCCCUGUGGUUCAUGAUAGGGGAAGUCUUCACUGUGAAAUUAAUUGACUGAACUGUCAUGGUCUCCUCCCACUACCAAGGAAUUGUGGGAAUUGUUCCACAAGGAGGAUUCCUAGCAGGAUUCUCAAGCCUCCACACAAUAUUACCAUUCCUUGGAUCUGUGGGAUAAUAGCCAUGACAGUUAUACUAACUGCAGACCAAUUUAGGGAAGUUUUAGAUGUUUUAGGACUAAAUAAAUAAAUAAAUAAACUCCUUGGAAAGCCUUAACUGCCUUCCAGGUGAUAGAGGAAAUUGCCAUUUGGCAGGGAGGCAAAAAGGAGACAAAUUAAGAAGCAAACACUAUUUUAGAUGAUGAUUUAGGCUGAACAAGAUGCUGUCACAUGAACUAAUUUACGUUUUAAAUAAUUUGUCCCUUAAACAUUGCUGAGCAUGGUUUCCAGAUUUUAAGACAGUAACAAAAACUAAUUUUAUUUUGAGCUUUUAAAAUCCAAAAUGUAGAUUGCAGUGGACUAUCUCGGUGUGGGAUACUAAAUCAUUAAUUUUUAAAUAUAUAUUAAUUUCCUAACAAAAUUGAAAGGAAAAUUAUUCUCUUUUACAUAUAAAAUUGCAAAAUAUCCAGAUUUCCAAUCAAGGAAAAGAAGAAGAAAUGUUUGCUUUUUAGUGAUGUAAAAAACUGGACUGUUUUUAAAAACUGAAAAAUAAAUCUGUUUUCUUUUGACCAACAUUCAC